GUACUACCGGGCAGCGGGAGAAAGCGAAAGAGGGCUCCAGCCACUGCGCCGGUGCUGAGCGGAUCGCGCUCUGCAAACGAUGGGAAGCUGCCGCUGCUGGCCUCAGCUGUGGUGGUCGGUUCUGCUGCUGCAGGCAGUUGGGGACUUGAUUCCUCUGACCGUCGGGGCGUCUGACUUGCCUCUGGUCCUCAACACCUGGGCAUUUAGGAAAGCUACCGAAGCAGCUUGGAGCACGUUACAGGCGGGGGGCUCUGAACUUGAUGCUGUAGAGAAAGGUUGUGGCCAGUGUGAAAUUGAACAGUGCGAUGGAAGUGUGGGGUAUGGAGGCAGUCCAGAUGAACAUGGAGAAACAACAUUGGAUGCAAUGAUUAUGGAUGGUAACACUAUGGAAGUUGGGGCUGUCGCAGAUCUCAGACGGAUAAAGAAUGCUAUUGGUGUGGCACGAAAAGUGAUACAGCACACUAGGCACACCUUACUGGUUGGCGAGUCAGCCACCAUGUUUGCAGAAAGCAUGGGAUUUCCAAGUGAAGACUUGACUACACAGAAUUCUCUUUCAAUAUAUUUAAAGUGGCUUAAUCAAAACUGUCAGCCAAACUUCUGGAAGAACGUUAUGCCAGAUGCUUCAAAAUCAUGCGGACCAUACAAAAAGAUUGAAGAUUUCAGUACAGAAGAGCAGAACAUCUUGGAAAGAACAAUUCAAGUUCAUAAUCAUGAUACUAUCGGCAUGAUUGUGAUUGGUCAAAAUGGAAGCAUUGCUGCAGGGACAUCUACAAAUGGCGCUGUCCACAAAAUCCAGGGACGUGUGGGCGACUCUCCCAUAGCUGGAGCUGGAGCAUACGCUGAUAGCACAGCUGGAGCUGCUGCUGCCACUGGAGAUGGUGAUGUUAUGAUGCGCUUCUUGCCCAGCUAUCAAGCCGUGGAAUAUAUGCGAAUGGGAAUGGAGCCAACGUUGGCGUGCCAGCAAGUUAUUUCUAGAAUUCGGAAGUAUGCCUCAAACUUCUUUGGUGCUGUUAUCUGUGCCAACACAAGUGGAAGCUACGGUGCUGCCUGCAAUAAAGUUCCAGGAUUCACACAGUUUCAUUUCAUGGCUGCUAAUCCCACUUUGAGGAAACCAUCUCAACAAGUAGUGGACUGCAUUUAACAUCGGUUUCCUCUUAACCUCAGCAUUUAUAUUCAAUAAUUGAAGAAGGAAUUAAGCUUUGGGGGCUUCCAUGUUCACAAAAAAAAAGUUUGCACACUUUCCCUAGAAAUGCUAUAAGGGGAAAUAUAUGGCCCCUUCCGCACACGCAAAAUAAUGCGUUUUCAAACCACUUUCACAACUGUUUGCUAGUGGAUUUUGCUAUUCCGCACAGCUUUAAAGAGCACUGAAAGCAGUUUGAAAGUGCAUUAUUCUGCAUGUGCGGAAUGAGCCUAUGUUUGCGCCAAGUGUUGCAAUACUUAAGUAAAUAUUAAGCGUGUAUGAAAGUAUAGCAAAAAGGUUCAGAAAGUGGACAAUUAUUUUUCAAAUUCUACCAAAGAUGCCAUUUUAAAGAGAACACAAAGAAACGAGCACCUCAAUAGUGUCACGAAACCAUCUUUCUGACCUUGCUUUUUAUUUGGAAAUAUCUUCUUGAAAUGUAUUUUCUGUAUUUAAAUGAGGAAUAUUUCUGGGUAAAACCAUUUAAAUGGCAGUGCGGUUUUGCAGCAAAAUAGGAGAAAAGGACUGGAUUGGACAGUAUUGUAGCUGCCACAAUUAACCCUUUAUUUGAGGUACACAGCCAACUAUGUUGUUAGAUUGAUAUUGCUUUGGUUCUCUCAUACAAGAAAGACCCAUCUGUCAAAUGCAUGACUAACAGGAUCACAAAAAAUGGGCAAGGCUCUUGAUCACCUGAACUGAAUAGUUCUUCACCCCACCAAACAAUUUUAACAAAUUGUGCACACUAAUAUAAAACUUGCAUUGUGAUAACUCGAACAAUAACAUAUUGCCUCUUUUAUGCAGAAACAAAUGAAGCACAAGAUUAUUCUAGCUGGACUUUUUUUCUCCUUGUAUUUUUAGUUACUGGGGAUUUUUCCCCCAUGAGCUGUGAUUUGUGUCACUGCAGCCACAAUUCUAUGCAGUCCUUAAAGAGAAAGAUGGCCUCUCAGGGUCUAAAUCUGGCAGUUUUUUGUUAUCCAUGAUUCCAUUGAAAACAGUAGAGCAAUACAUAGUUACCUGGAUACAAGUACUGCUUUCCCCUUGUGAUUGCAGGAAACUUUUUCUGAGUGUCUCCAUUCUAUUCACCUUUCAGAAUUAAUAGCAUCUUUUUUGUAUUGACAUAGUUUGUCCUGCAUUAGACAUGUCAAAUAUAGGGAUGGAAGGAUUUCAAAUCCAAAAUCACUCAUAUUGUUCCUAAUAAGCUGGAAAGCCUUUCAGAGCUUGUCAAUUUGCCUGCAUAGUUUGGAUCUAUGAAUAUCUGACAUGCUUCCUUCUAACAUGUUCUGUUAUUCAUAUUCUGGUACAAACCUAAAAUACCUGUUUAGGCUAUUCUCAGAUACAAUGUUAUGAAUUAUUUCAAAAGGCAAAUGGAAAAGUUAGUUUAAUUUGCUUAGUGAUAGCAACAAGCCUUCAUCAGGUAUCCUGAAAAUAUAUAUAUAUAUUAAAACCCAGUAUAUUUUAUAAUAGACCUGUUUGAAACAACCACUUUAUAUGCACCAAUAGGCACUGGAGAGACCGAAGAAAACUGUCAUAUUUCAUGCCAAGAAUGUCUUGUCUGUAGCAGAGAUCCCUACUGUUCUGAUAGCCAGUGGUACAAUUAUAUGUAGGAACCCUGCAGUGAUGCCUUUCAAAAAUAUAUAGCCCAGGAAACAAUUGGAGGUCAGCUAUGCAGAAAACAAGACACCUUUUUUCAUUAAAUAAAGGUAAAAUGGCAGCAGGCAUCACCCAUGAUAUGUCCAAGCUGACACUUGUUAAAGAAAAUAUUUUCUUUCAAAUCAUUUAUAGUCACUGGAACUUUUAAAAAAUCCAAAACGUCUGAUUUUUAGUAAAUAAAUUCAUACUGUAAAUUCAGAAUUAAGUCAUAUAAAAUUGUGUAUAUUUAACAGUAUAUUUGGUGGAAUCUAUUUAAAUUAGGUACUUGGAUUUCACAAAAGGUAAGGAAGGACCGUGGUAUACAUCACUGAACAGUUUAAUUGGUUCUCAACAUUAGUUGAAUGUUUUUGAAAGUGAAUUCACAGGGGGCGCCUAUCGUGAUCACAUCCAACCUGUGCUGCGCAGCCUGCACUGGCUCCCAGUUGAGUUCCGAAUCAUCUUCAAGGUGUGGGUGUUAACCUUUAAGGCCUUACGCGGCCUGGGACCCUCGUAUCUU